AACGGUUUUAUAGAAGGGGGAGACGAUUCGUUAGAGGUUGAGAAACACUGGUUUAGAUGGUCGACUACUGGAAGCGGUCGGCAAUAGAAGCCCAACCUAAUUUUUUUUUUUUUUUUUUGCUAAAAUAACAAUUAAAGGAAUUAAGAAUCUCAAGAAAUUCAAUUUAAGUUUCUCCGUAAUCUGUUGACACUUUGAAUGCCAUUUUAAAAUUUUAAUCAAGCUCAUCGUGGGUUCGACCACGUGGUUCUGGCUCGAGCAGGUUGGGAGGGAAUGAUUCAGUCUGUCUCCAUAUAAGUAUAAGGGACAGAAUGUCCAUGAAAAAUUUCCUGUCGUCGCCGAGUAUUCAGUUUUGAUUUGGUUGAUUUGUAGUCAUUUUUUCCAUUGUACGUCUUAUUUUGACGAUGAGCUGUUUGAUCUCUUCGAAUCCUGUUGUGUUGAUAUUUUUUCCUCUUCCUCCGAAGUAUUGUUUGAUUCGAGAUUGGAAGAAGAAAGCUCUUCUUGCAGAGUGUAUUAAUAUUAACUAUAGCGGUUGUUUUAAUGUCUCAUGUAAGGUAAAACAUUUUAUAAAGCUCAGUAUUAAAAUUUCAUUCCUUGUUUAACAGUUUUUGCAUAUAUUCGUGGAAUUUUAAUUUAAAAUUAAAUUAAUUAUUACAAAUAGAUCUAUAUACUGCAAAAUUAUUCCUAAUUUUCAGUUUUUUUCAUGUUAAAUUUGAAAUCAUUUAUAUUAUUAAUUAACUUGGUACUUAAAUUAAAUUUAAUAUUCUUUAUAGUGAUUUGAAUAUUCUUUCAAAUGGGUAUCUGAAGUAUGAUCUCUAGGGAAUAAAUUUCAGCAUUAGUAUGAAGUUGACAACACCUCUUGCUAUGAUCUGGCCAUGAGCUGUAAAGGCUAUGCACUUUCUCUUGGAUAUGCUUUUGUGGCAUACUUUUAUGACACUCCUCAAUUGAGUUUUAAAGUCAAACUGAGCUGCUAGUCAAAUGCAUACUUGCCAACCAUCAGCAUUUUGUAUGCUGAUGGUUGGCAAGUAUGCAUUUGACUAGCAGUGUCAGUGGACAGGCUGCUUUAUCCUUUUGUCAAUGUUUUUAAAGAAUUUGAUAUUUUCACGUAAACACUUCAUUUAACGAGUCUAACACCGAUAUAUGGUAUAUGCCGACAAUAUUGUAUGCAUUUUAUUACAAACGACCGAACGACCUUCUCGGAUUCAUUCAAUUGGGAAAGAACCAAGAUUAAUAUUUUUAUUUACAGUAAUUGUAUGUUGGUGUAGGUAUAAGAAUUUUAGCUCAAAUAUGAUAAUUUUAAAUGGCAGAUAUGAUAAAUUGCAUUUUCAAGUCUGGCAAUGUUAGUUCCCUUAUGUUGGCAGUUAAAUCAAUUAUGACUCAUCAUCAGAAGGAAAUGAGUUACUUUUACAAUUAGACUAAAUUAUUGAGCAGUGCUACAGUUUCUUUGCCCAAAAAGAAGAAACAUCUGAUUCGUCACUUAAGAAUAUACAGACCGUAUGAUAUGAACUUUCUCAAGAAAAGAAACCAGAUAGCUCUCUGAGAUUUGUGAGAUUUUACAAAGAUGGUUUUGUGUGAUGUGUGAAAUAAAAGAUGGUGUGAUGUGGAAAACAAAGAUGGUGUGAUGUGGAAAAUAAAAAAGACAUUCUGGAUGAUAAGAAAAAGAUUUAGAAUGGUAUUUAAUUAUGGAUUACCACUUGCAAGAGGACUUUAUGAUCCUCAAUUUGAGAAGGAAGCAUGUGGUGUUGGAUUCAUUGUUAAUAUAGAUGGAAAAGCUUCUCAUCAGCUACUACGCGAUGCCCAAACUAUUUCUGAAAGGAUGGAGCAUCGAGGAGCGUGCGCCUGUGAUAACAAUACAGGAGAUGGAGCUGGAAUUAUGACAGCAAUUCCUCAUUCAUUCUAUACAAAAAGAUUGAAAAAUGAUUCUGAUGUAAAUUUGCCAUCAUUGGGAGAAUAUGCUACAGGAAUAAUUUUUAUGGAGGAAAAUUCAUCAGAAACUUCCAAAACAUUAUUUGAAAAUUUAGCAGAAAAAUAUGGUUUGAAGGUUAUACAUUGGAGAUGUAUUGAGACCAAUGAUAAUUUAUUGGGAAAAGUAGCUCAGUCAUCUGAACCCUACAUGCAACAAGUGUUUAUAAUUGGUCCAAAAAUGAAACAAAAUGAUUUUAAAAAACAGGGAUUAUUGACUUCCACGCAAUUAUGGACAUAUUUUAAUGAUCUUAGAGAUCCAGAAUUUGAAACUUAUCUUGCAUUAGUGCAUGCUCGGUUUUCUACAAAUACUUUUCCAAGUUGGGAAAGAGCACAUCCAUUAAGAUGUCUUGCACACAAUGGUGAAAUUAAUACAUUAAGAGGUAAUAUAAAUUUGAUGCAAGCACGAGAAGGUAUAAUGAAGUCUACUGAGUUUGAAGAGGUUUUGUCAAAGCUUUAUCCUGUUGUUGAACCUGGAACGUCAGAUUCUGGUGCUUUAGAUAAUGUUUUAGAAUUUCUAACAAUUGUAGGCCAAAGAUCAAUGCCAGAGGCAGUAAUGACAAUGAUUCCAGAGGCUUGGCAAAAUGACUCAUUGAUGAAUGAAACAAAGAAAAAGUUCUAUAGAUGGAGCAGUUGUUCUAUGGAGCCUUGGGAUGGACCAGCUUUUGGUGCACAUGUUCAAAGUGAAGAUAAGCAGCUUGGUAGACUUAGACCAGGUAGAAUGUUAUUGAUAGAUACAAAAGAGAAAAUAUUUGCUCGUGAUGAAGAAGUAAAGUGUGAAAUUGCUAAAAGAUAUCCUUUGGAUGAAUGGUUACAAAAGCAAUUUACUUUGUCUGAUUUGCGAGAAUCUCAUGUUUCUACUGAUCCUGAAAGUGAAAUAUCAAACUUUGUAAUGCCAAAUCAUUGUUCCAUCUUACAAGACAGAAGACUUGUUCUUUUUGGAUAUACUAUUGAGACAAUCAACAUACUUUUAAUGCCAAUGAUAAAAAACAGGAAAGAAGCUUUAGGAUCAAUGGGAAAUGAUACUCCUCUUGCUUGUCUUUCAAUGUACCAACCUGUUAUUUAUGAUUAUUUUAAGCAACUCUUUGCACAAGUCACAAAUCCACCAAUUGAUCCUCUUAGAGAACAUAUUGUUAUGUCUUUGGCUUGUCCAGUUGGUCCUGCUUCCAAUAUUUUAGAACCUGGACCAAAGCAGUGUAAUCAACUUUGGCUGGAACAACCCAUUCUCUCAUUAAAAGAUAUAGAAAUUAUUAAAAGGACAAAAUAUAACAACUGGAAAACAAAAGUUAUUGAUAUUAUUUAUCCUGUCAAAGAUGAUCCAGUCAAAGGUCUGUUAAGUGCCCUAAACCAUAUAUGUCAAGAAGCUCUUUAUGCAGCUAAAGAUGGUUAUCAACUAAUAGUUUUGUCAGAUCGAAAAGCAAAUUAUAAUUUAGUACCAAUUAGUGCAUUAUUAGCUCUGGGAGCAGUCCAUCAUCAUCUUAUUGUUGAAAGACAGAGAAUGAAAGUAGGAUUAAUAGUGGAAACAGGUGAAGCAAGGGAAGUGCAUCACAUGUGCAUUCUUUUGGGUUAUGGAGCUGAUGCUAUUUGUCCAUAUUUAGUAUAUGAAAUUGCUGCUGGAUUAAAAAAUGAAAAUUACCUUUCAUUUUCUGAAGAAGAAAUAUUUGAAAGAUAUGCUGAAGCUGUAGGAAAAGGAAUAUUAAAAGUAAUGGCAAAAAUGGGAAUAUCAACUUUGCAGAGUUACAAAAGUGCACAAAUAUUUGAAAUUAUUGGAUUGGCAAAAGAAGUGGUUGAUAAAUGCUUUAAAAAUACACCUUCCAGACUUGGUGGUUCAACAUUUCCAAUUUUAGCAUUGGAAGCAUUAGAAAGAUAUCGUAUUGCAUUUAAUGAUCGAGAUUGUGACAACUUAGUUUUGAGAAAUCCAGGUUUUUAUCAUUGGCGAAAUGGUGGCGAGAAACACAUAAAUGAUCCUAUUAGUAUAGCUAAUUUACAAGAAGCAUCAAAAUUAAGCAGCCAAGAUGCAUAUGAUCGUUUUUCAGAAAGUACCUUGGAUGGUAUUAGAUCUUGCACAAUCAGAGGACAAUUAUGUCUCAAGUAUUCUGAUAAUCCUAUUGAUAUUUCGGAAGUGGAAGAAGCAAAAGAAAUUGUAAAAAGAUUUGUGACAGGUGCAAUGAGUUUUGGAAGUAUAUCAAUUGAAACACAUGAAACUUUGGCUAUAGCAAUGAAUCGUUUAAAAGGAAAAUCAAACACAGGUGAAGGAGGUGAAAACUCAGAUCGUUGGUUAGAUAAAGAUCCUAAUAAUAAUAGAAGAUCUGCUAUUAAAUUAAUAUAUGAUUUGAAAUGUGCCAAUCCAUCUGCUAAAAUAUCAGUAAAAUUAGUAUCUGAAGUUGGUGUUGGUGUGGUAGCAUCAGGAGUUGCAAAGGGAAAAGCAGAACAUAUUACAAUAUCUGGUCAUGAUGGAGGUACUGGUGCAAGUAGUUGGACUGGUAUUAAAGGAGCUGGAUUACCUUGGGAAAUAGGGAUUGCCGAAACUCAUCAAACACUUGUACAGAAUGAUUUAAGAUCAAGAGUCAUUUUACAAGCAGAUGGACAAAUAAGAAUAGGAUAUGAUGUUGUUAUAGCAGCUCUGUUAGGAGCAGAUGAAUUUGGAUUUUCAACUGCACCACUCAUUUCUUUAGGCUGUACAAUGAUGAGAAAAUGUCAUUUGAAUACAUGUCCCGUUGGCAUAGCAACACAGGAUCCAGAAUUACGAAAAAAGUUUGAUGGAAAACCAGAAUAUGUUGUGAAUUAUUUUUUCUUUGUAGCAGAAGAAGUUAGAAGUUAUAUGGCAAAACUUGGAAUUAGACAUUUUCAAGAUCUUAUUGGUAGAACAGAUUUAUUGGCAGCCAAUCCCGAUGAAAAUAAUUGCAAAGCAAAAUUAUUGGAUUUUUCUCCUUUAUUAUGCAAUGCCUCUAGUUUAAGAUCUGGAGUAAACAUAAUAGGUGGAAGCAUAAAUCAAGAUUUCCAAUUGGAUAAGAGACUGGACAAUGAGUUGAUUGAAAAAUCUGGAAUACUGGAAAAUCAGACUAAAAAGGUAGACAUAACAAUGAAAAUAACAAACGAAGAUCGAGCUUUUGCAUCCACUCUAAGCUAUAUGGUAGCAAAGAAAUUUGGAGAAACUGGAUUGCCCAAAAAUACUAUUAAUAUAAAACUUCAUGGCACUGCUGGUCAAAGUUUUUGUGCAUUUCUUGCUUAUGGAGUUUAUGCUGAACUUGAAGGAGAUGCCAAUGAUUAUGUUGCAAAGGGCUUAUCAGGUGGAGAGGUAAUUCUUUAUCCUCCAAAAGAUAUGCCUGCAGAUUUUAAAUCUGAAAAUAAUUUCAUUGCUGGUAAUGUCUGUCUUUAUGGUGCAACUUCUGGAAAAGCAUUCUUUCGUGGUAUAGUGGCAGAAAGAUUUUGUGUACGCAAUUCUGGAGCUAUUGCCGUUUGUGAGGGUGUUGGAGAUCAUGGUUGUGAAUAUAUGACUGGCGGUUAUGCUAUAAUAUUAGGUCUUACAGGAAGAAAUUUUGCAGCUGGUAUGUCUGGAGGAAUUGCUUAUGUCUUAGACAAAGAUGGUUGUUUUUCUCAAAGAUGCAAUAAAGAUAUGGUGGAUAUUUUUCCUGUUGAAUUAAAUGAAGAUUUGAAAUUUUUGAAAGAAAUAAUAAGUGAAUUUCAUACUAAAACUGAAUCUGAUGUUGCUGCUCGCAUUUUGAAAGAAUGGCCUGAUUCUACAAAACAAUUUUUAAAAAUUUUCCCAAAAGAAUAUCAACGAGCUUUACGUCAAUUAGAAGAAGAAAAAUCCCAACAAAAAUUAAAUAGAAAUGAUAAUACAUAUUCCAUGGUUCAUACAAAAACAAAUGACAUAGAAGAAUUAGUAUCUAACAGAAAGAAAUCAGAAGUAUUAGAUAAAGGCUUAUCAGGUGGAGAGGUAAUUCUUUAUCCUCCAAAAGAUAUGCCUGCAGAUUUUAAAUCUGAAAAUAAUUUCAUUGCUGGUAAUGUCUGUCUUUAUGGUGCAACUUCUGGAAAAGCAUUCUUUCGUGGUAUAGUGGCAGAAAGAUUUUGUGUACGCAAUUCUGGAGCUAUUGCCGUUUGUGAGGGUGUUGGAGAUCAUGGUUGUGAAUAUAUGACUGGCGGUUAUGCUAUAAUAUUAGGUCUUACAGGAAGAAAUUUUGCAGCUGGUAUGUCUGGAGGAAUUGCUUAUGUCUUAGACAAAGAUGGUUGUUUUUCUCAAAGAUGCAAUAAAGAUAUGGUGGAUAUUUUUCCUGUUGAAUUAAAUGAAGAUUUGAAAUUUUUGAAAGAAAUAAUAAGUGAAUUUCAUACUAAAACUGAAUCUGAUGUUGCUGCUCGCAUUUUGAAAGAAUGGCCUGAUUCUACAAAACAAUUUUUAAAAAUUUUCCCAAAAGAAUAUCAACGAGCUUUACGUCAAUUAGAAGAAGAAAAAUCCCAACAAAAAUUAAAUAGAAAUGAUAAUACAUAUUCCAUGGUUCAUACAAAAACAAAUGACAUAGAAGAAUUAGUAUCUAACAGAAAGAAAUCAGAAGUAUUAGAUAAAGUUCGGUGUAUGGAGUGUGGUGUUCCAUUUUGUCAAUCAUCAUAUGGAUGUCCUCUUGGAAAUAUUAUUCCAAAAUGGAAUGAUCUAGUAUUUCAAGAUGAUUGGCAUGAAGCUUUAUUGCAGUUAUUACAAACAAACAAUUUUCCAGAAUUUACAGGAAGAGUGUGUCCAGCCCCUUGUGAAGCUGCAUGUUGUUUGGGUAUUAAUGAGCCUGCUGUCACAAUUAAGAACAUAGAAUGUGCGAUUAUUGAUCAUGCCUUUGAACAGGGAUGGAUGAAACCAAAUACACCGAAAUUCCGGACAGGUAAAAAAAUAGCAGUUGUUGGAAGUGGACCUGCAGGAUUAGCUGCAGCUGCUCAGUUGAAUAAGGCUGGGCAUACAGUAACUGUUUAUGAACGAAAUGAUAAAAUAGGUGGUUUAUUACGAUAUGGAAUCCCAUCAAUGAAGUUAAGCAAAAAGGUUGUACAAAGAAGAAUUGAUUUAAUGGCUAAUGAAGGUGUAAUAUUUCAUACAGAAGUUGAUGUGGGAAAAGACAUUAAAAUAUCUAAUUUAUUAUAUGAAAAAGAUGCAAUACUUCUUACAAUUGGAUCUACAUGGCCACGUGAUUUACCUAUACCAGGUCGUCAUUUAGAAGGUAUUCACUUUGCAAUGAGUUAUUUAGAAAUGUCACAGAAACAACAAUAUCUGGAAGAUGAAGAUUUAUUACUCCAUGCAAAAGGUAAAGAUGUCAUUGUAAUUGGAGGAGGAGAUACUGGUGUUGAUUGUAUGGCUACAUCUUUACGUCAGGGUGCCAGAAGUGUAGUAUCUUUUGAAAUAUUAUCAUGUCCUCCAUCUUCAAGAUCAUUUACUAACGUCUGGCCACAAUGGCCUCGUAUAAUGAGACUAGAAUAUGGUCAAGAAGAAGUUCAGAUGAAAUACAGAGAAGAUCCUAGACAUUUUAGUAUAUUAAGCAAGGAAUUUUUAGAUGAUGGCCAGGGGCAUGUUGCUGGAAUUAAAACUGUCAGUAUAAAAUGGCAGAAAGAUGCCACAGGUCGAUGGUUCAUGAAUGAAAUUCCAAAAACUACUCGUGUAUUUAAAGCCGACUUAGUUUUAUUAGCACUUGGUUUUAUGGGCCCUGAGAAAUAUUUAUUGGAAGAAAUAGGUCUUGAUCAGGAUAUUAGGGCAAAUAUCUGUACUGAAGAUGGUAAAUAUCGAACUUCUGUACCAACUGUUUAUGCUGCUGGAGACUGUCGUAGAGGUCAGUCAUUAGUUGUCACUGCUAUAGCAGAAGGACGUCAAGCUGCUAGAGAAAUUGACCAUGAUUUAAUGGGAUAUUCUUCUUUAGCCGGAGAUGGGGGAGUCAUUCCUUUCUCACGUCAAAAAACUACAGAUGGAAAAGAUAAAUAUUAAGAUUUUGAUAAAUGUUUGUUAAAAAAAGUUGCUAAUAUAUUUUCAAUAAAAUGAUUAACUUAUA